AUGGAUUCCCUGAAUGCUCCUGCUAUCUCGCUGGCUAAGGUGGCUGCUCCAUAUCCAUUGGUUGAUCGUUGCCUGGCCCCUAAUAACAGGAUUCGUAGCUUUCAGCCUGAGUCGGUGGUCGAUGGGUCUUCACAAGAGAGGAUCCAUUUUUGGUGGGAUACAUGGUUGUUGAAUGAAAAGUUGAAGGAUGUUUUCCCUAGGCUUUUCAGUUUAUCUGAGAUUACAGAUGGUUCAUUAAAGCCAUUGGUUCAAAACAGAGAAGCAGCAGGGGAGUGGAAUUUUUCAUUCAAAAGACCUUUAAAAGCUUGGGAAGAGAAGGAUAUCAGAAGACUUAUUGAGGUGUUGAAUGCUAUCCCCAAUUUAUGGGUCAAUGUAGAUGACCAGGUUAGGUGGAUUGCAGAUUCGUCUGGCUCUUUCUCAGUUUCAUCUGCAAGGAGAAGGUGUGAGGUUAAUCAUGGCCCAUCUAUCGGUAUUACUAAAUUGUUGUGGGGUAAUGAUACACCGCCAAAGGUUAAGUUCUUUCAUUGGUUGGCAUGGAAGGGAAGAGUGAAAACAACAGCAUACCUUCAAAGGAUAGGAGUUCUGAAUUCCAGUGUCAACAAUCUUUGUCCAUUUUGUAAGGAGGAAGUGGAAUCUCUAAAUCACAUAAUUUUAUACUAUCCUUUGGUAUGGAGUUUAUGGUGUGAAAUUUUGGAAUGGUGGAAUUUAUCUUGGGUUAUACCAGGGUCUAUUGGAGGCCUUUUGGAGUGGUGGUCUGGUGUGAGUUUCAACAGAUUCGAAAGAAGGUUAUGGCAGUCUAUUCUUUUUACUUUCGUGUGGUCUGUAUGA